GGUUUCAGAAAGAACUUGGCCCAUAUCAUUAUGCCACAUAGAUCGCAGACCAUGGAGCAACUCAGAGAAAUUGCUGCUGUAGCUGAGGUUACUGUUUCCGUCACAGCACAACCUCAGUCACCAACAGACCUCACUGCCACCAUCAACCACGCCGUUCAAUCUGCAGUCCAAUCCUGCGAAGCCAAUCAAGCAAAUCUUCUAACUGCCCUGCUGUCCAGAAUGGAGACCACACUGUCUGCAGUUAACAGACCAGAACAACACAGAGUGAGAUUCAAUGACAGACAUCAACCAAACAGUCAACAUGGUCAAAGUUCUAAAGAAUGCAAAUUUUGUGGAGGUAAAUUCAUAGCUAGUUGGCAUGGGCUGAUGUACUUUCUAAUGGUGGUCCUGUGUUUUGUUCAAGUGGGUGCUGAUUAUACUGUAGAAAAAGACAUAAUCCAAAGAAUAAACUAUGGGGUCAUCUUUAAAGAAGAGGCAAACCUGUUUUUAGCCAAAGAAUCAUGGCUUCAUACAUUUAAGGUUCAAAUUCCCCAGAACAUUCGUUUAUCAGAAGAGUUACCUUUGUGUCAGAGACAAAGACAUGUUCAUGAUUGUAAUACAUUUAACGCGAUGAUUCAUUUUAUAAGUCAUUUACAUAAAACUACAGAAAUGCACUUAUUAGAUACAAUUAAAGCCAUUCAUACUUUAAUUCCUCACAGUACUAUUUUGUCAUCAAAACGAAGUAUUCGUUCAUUUUUACCAUUUAUUGGCUCACUUGCUAAAGGUCUUUUUGGUACAGCAACAAUGAGUGAUGUUAAUUUACUUGCUAGACAUAUAAAUGCACUCAAUAAGAGAACAGAAUUAUUGUCUGACGUUUUACACCAACAUGAUGACCACUUAUCAUCCUAUAUGUCAGUAAUGGACAAUAGGACAACCAAUCUGAUGUCUGGAAUUCAAACCAAUUCAAAAGAGAUAGCCACAUUGGCUAAUUCAAUGAACUUGUCAUUGGUUACCUUACAGCAAUCCAUGUUUAAUAUUUCCAAAAUACUCAUUAACCUCACUAAUACUGGCAAUAUAUUACGAAGCAAUUUGGACCAGUUCCAAGCCGCAGUGCAAAGCCUUGUCAUGGGCAGAGUCUCACCACUAUUAUUGCCAAAACAAACCCUAACACAUGCACUCCAUAAGGUUCAAGGUAUAUUAACAAAAUCUUACCCAGGAUUUUAUCUAACACAGUUACAUCCUUCUUUCUACUAUACUAACCGUAACUUUAUGUUUAUGCGUAACCACUCCAUCUUAUACCUAACACUUAGAUUUCCAGUUUCAUCACAUGCACAACCUCUUCAGCUUUUUAAAGUAAUUUCUCUACCUGUUCCAGUAAAUAACACUCUAAAGCAUGCAACUAAACUGCUUGAUUUACCAGACUUCUUUGCUCUUACCCACCAGCAUGAUUAUUACCUCCUCUUAUCUUCUAAUCAAUUAACUAAUUGCCAGCAUGAAAGUGUUAUCACAUGCAGUUUCAAUAUUGCACUAAUCCCAUCGCAUGUUCAACAAUGCACCAUUGCACUAUUCAACAAUGACAAGAAGCAGGUCAAAAGCCUGUGCAAUUUCAGAUUUUUGGAAAAUCAUUUAACACAUGACAUCAUUGAAUUGAGUUCCACAUCAGUAUUGGUGUAUCAAAGUGAUACGCUUGCUAUUAAUUGUCACAACAAGCAAAAUCUCCUACCAGGAUGCAAAUUUUGUGUUGUCAAUUUACCAUGCAAGUGUUCACUAUCCACAAAUCAUUAUAUUUAUCACCAAGAUUAGUCCAAUGUUACAACAACACACAAGAAGUGUCAGUACAAUACCCUGUAAAUUUAGCAUUAUUGCAAGAAUAUUUUAGUGAUAAGCAAUUAUCCUCCACAUCAGGAGAUAAACUAUUUUCUACACAAGUUCAGUUAUCAGUACCAAAUUUUAGUUUAUAUAGUCAUAGUAUCAGUAAUACUUUAGCUGCAGAUCAACAAAUGCAUUUAAAUUUAAAGAAAAUGACUGCUGCAGUCAGAAAUGAUUCUAAAAUAUUUAAAACGCUUAGCGAACCUUUGUUAGACGGUAUUAUAUCUAUUCAAUCAGAAUGGCCUGAUUUAAAUGCAAUUCUUGUUAUCACAUCACUAAGUUUAGGAUCAUUUGCCAUUAUAAUUUGUAUUUACUUGUUUUUAAAGUUUAGAAAGUUAGCCACAGCUAUGUUUGUAUUACAACAAGUCUCAAAAGUAAAAUCUCAAGAUAUACCAUCAUUUAUAUAUAAGAAACUCACACCACCUACUACGAGUGCAUCAGAACUCGAAACAUUUUUUGCUACUCAGUUUUCUUGGCUACAUGCCUCAGUGAU